AUGAUUAUAGAUAACUCUCUGAUAGCCUUGGAAUUAUUUCACUCUAUGAAACAGCGCAAUAAAAGUAAAACAGGUCUUAUGGCAAUGAAACUAGACAUGAGCAAGGCAUAUGACCGGGUUGAAUGGGGUUUUCUUCGCAAACUUCUUCUGACUAUGGGUUUUGAUGGUAGAUGGGUGAACCUGGUGAUGAAAUGUGUAUCUACUGUGUCAUAUUCUUUCAUCAUCAAUGGACGAAUAUGCGGUUCUGUUGCCCCUGCUAGGGGUUUGAGACAAGGGGAUCCUUUGUCUCCUUUCUUAUUCAUCUUAGUAGCUGAUGCGUUUUCUCAGAUGAUCCAGCAAAAAGUUGAUGCUAGGCUUCUCCACGGUGCAAAAGCUAGCAGGAAUGGUCCAGAAAUCUCUCAUUUGUUGUUUGUAGAUGACAGCUUACUCUUUACUAGAGCCACUCGACAGGAAUGCUUAACAAUAGUUGAUAUUCUCAACCAAUAUGAACAAGCAUCCGGGCAGAAAAUUAAUUAUGACAAGUCGGAAGUGUCUUUCAGUGGGGGAGUUUGUAGAGAGAGACAAGAGGAGUUGAUUAAUCUUCUUCAGAUGAAAAAAGUGGAAAAGCACCAGAAGUAUCCUGGCAUCCCUACCAUUUGCGGGAGAUCUAAGAAAAUGUUGUUUCGCGGUUUGCUAGAUCGCAUGUGGAAAAAGUUGAGGGGUUGGAAGGAGAAACUAUUGUCGCGAGCAGGGAAGGAAGUUUUGAUCAAAGCUGUUAUUCAAGCCAUUCCUACAUACCUUAUGGGAGUAUAUAAAUUCCCUGUUGCCAUCAUUCAUGAGUUUAAAUCGGCCAUGGCCCGUUUCUGGUGGGGUGGUAGUGGAGAUGAGAGGAAGAUGCACUGGUUGAGUUGGGAUAAAUUGUGCAAACCCAAGUGCCUGGGGGGUUUGGGAUUCAAGGAUCUGGAGGUCUUUAAUGAUGCUCUCUUGGGGAGACAAGUGUGGAGGCUAGUUCAGCAUAAAAACUCCCUUCUUAGUCGGGUUUUUAGUGCGAAAUAUUACCCCCAUGGGAAUGUGUUGGAAGCACGAUUAGGACACUCGAAUAGCUUUUCCUGGAGAAGUAUCUGGAGUGCGAAGAGUUUGGUGAAGGAAGUUCUUAUGUGUAGAGUGGGAAAUGGGCAGAAUAUCGACAUAUGGCAGGAUCCUUGGGUGGGUGAUGACAAGGGGAGGUUUAUUGAAAGUGAUAGGUGUGAGAAUCUGAAGGUGGUAGGGGACCUCAUUGAUUAUGCAAGGAUGGAAUGGCGUUGUGAUGUGAUUGAACAAAAUUUUAAUGAGAGGGACCAACAUUGUAUAUUUUCGAUCCCCCUUAGCAGUAGAUGUGGUAGUGAUGGCUUUAUGUGGGCAUAUUCGAAGGACGGUCGAUAUACUGUUAAAACAGCCUACAUGUUGGGUAAGGGGCUUGAGAUUUCUCCAAAGGCUCGACAUUUCAUGUGGCGAUUGUGUACCCAUUCCUUACCUGUACGUGCUGCUCUUAAAGCUCGCCACAUCAUUGAGGAAGCGCCUUGUCCUUGGUGCCGCAGUAGUGAUGAAACUGCCUUUCAUGCGUUGAUGGGUUGUGUGCGGGUUAGACAAAUCUGGGUGGAUUGUGGAUGUGCGGCGAUGUUGGGUGAUGGAGAGGACACUGAUUUCUGUGAGCUUCUGGUUAGCUGGGGCGAGUUGGACGCAAAGUUGGUGCAGCGCGGUUGCUUCCUCGCGUGGAACUUAUGGAGUGAAAGGAACAAGUUCGUUUUCGAGAAUACUCGCACACCUCUCGAAGUGAUUGCUCAGCGAGUUGCUCGACACGCUGAGGAACAUGCCUCCUAUGCGGACCGUAUCUACGUAGGCUCUCGAAAGCAUGCCACGCCUAGUCCUAACAAAUGGUGUGCUCCUCCAGGUGGGUUGGUGAAGGCGAAGCAACAUGGGUUGAAGGAGGUGAUUAUUGAAUCAGAUGCCCAGGUGCUUGUAUCUCGCUUAUCCUCGGCAGCUUUGUUUCACUCGGAUUUGGACGCUAUUCUUGGUGAUAUUGUCAGUCUUUGUUCGUGGUUUAAUGUUAUUCAUUUUUCGCAUGUAAGGCGGGAUGGGAAUGCUGUAGCUCAUCACCUUACCAAAGUAGUGCCUUUUGGUUAUGAACAACGAUGGGAAUUUCAUUGUCCUAGUGUUGUGUCUCCUUAUGUACUGAUGGACGUUUUGUCCCUGGAUUAA